AUGACAAGGCCCAAGCGCAAAGUUACAUCAAGGAAAGUGCCUCAGAAGGUAGCUUUGCCUGCUUACAGAUACCUUCCCUCCAAAAGUCCCUCGCCUGAUGAAGCCCCUCAAACAUCUGGCUCUACUGAGAGUGGUGGAGGUGAGUCAAGUUCCUCAGGCUCCGUUGAUCAAGACGAAGAUCCCAAUGAAAGUGGUACUGAUCAAAGCCAUACAACCUCAUCUCCCGGUGAUUUUCCCCCUAUUCUGGUUCAUCCCAGACAACGGUUCACAGCUGAUGAAACCACUGCCUUGGAGCAAGUCUACAGGCGAAACAAACGUCCUUCCAACGAAAUUAAGCAACGUCUCGCUCGCAGAUUCAACACAUCCAUGUCUCGCAUCCAGAUUUGGUUCCAAAAUCGACGAGCAAAAGAAAAGAGAAAUAACAGCAAUCCAAGUAAUCAACGGGCAUCCACUGCUGGUGAGCAAGACCAGGAUGGAGAUAAGUCAGCACCUUCCGAUGAUCCAAAGCAGCCAGAGCCAUCUACAUCUGCAGCCACUUCGUCAUCCAGUGCAAGAAGACGGAGAGUCCCACGAAAGCCAUCAGCAUCUCCUCCUGUUGAUGCUGAGAGCUCCAGCAGUGCUGCCAAAAAACGCAAGAAGCAAAAAGUGCCUGUCGUCCCUACACACUAUCCUGCCACCCACCCAUUCUUGUCUUCUGGAAGCUAUGCAUUCACCUACCCAGAAUCUGCAGCAGCACCUAUGCAGUCCAUCGAUUCUCCAAAUUUAUCAAGCCCUCCUGGGCCCAAUGAGAAUUUCUUGUAUCUCGGCCAUCCUCCUGCUCAAGCCAGAGGAGGUUUCUUCGUUCCCAACUUUGAUUGGCACCAUUCACAUAUGAUCCACCCAUCUUUCACACAGGUACUUCAAGGACCUCAUACCACUGAGAAACUUAUCAAAUACGUUGAUCCCAAGAACGUUGUCAAUUCAGAGUCAUCUCAGCCAGUAGUCGGUCAGAGGGGUGAGCAAGGCACAGCAAGUAGCAGCAAAUCUUUCUCAAGAAAAGGCAAGCAAAAGCAAAACGGCACGGACAUGACCGACCCAGAUCCAGAACAGGAUUUCAGAGGAGAGUAG